AGGGGCCGGCCAAACAAACCUCGCCGCUCUCUUUCCCCUUUCGUCCAGUUCGCUUCGGGAGUCCCAAAUGUCGGUCUCCGGCGACGCGGGUUGGGGCGCGAAGAAGCCUCCGAAGCGCCUUGGAGGCAUGGCCGAAGCCCUCUCCAUCGCUUCCGAUCUCGGUUUCUCCAUCCCUCCCCUCCAGGAAGAUCAACGAAGCAUGUCUAACUCCUUUGGUGGUGACAAAAGUGAUGACUUGGUAAGGAUUUUAAGACAACUUACUUCAGUACAAAAAAACAUUGCCAAUUUGCAAGUGGAACUUCAAGGACGAAAGGAUGAUAAAAAUGUUGCACAUCUGACCCAUGUGAGUGAAAUGGAAAAGAAAUGUGAGUCUUUGGCCAGAAUUACUGCUAUUCUAAAAGAUGUUAUCCAGAACAAGGAUCGAAUCAUUGCUCGGCUUCAACAACCAUAUUCUCUAGAUUGCAUUCCAGUGGAAGCUGAAUAUCAGAAACAAUUUUCGGAGCUGUUGCUGAAGGCUGCUAGUGAUUAUGGGGCUUUGACAGCAUCUGUCGCUGAUUUCCAGUGGAGCCAGAACUUCAGAGAAUCGCCAUCAGUAUGGGGGGAAAUGCUGCGUCCAAUCCCUGCUGCUUUGGCAUCCUGCACUCGUUUCUUUGAGGCCAUGUCUGCCAUGAGGGAGUCUUUUGCAACCCUCCAACAACUACGUGUGAGUCGCUCUUCCUCACCUAUGACACCAAGUGACUCUUCCGGAGGGGAUUCCAAGUUCUUGACACCUCCCCAAUGGAGAGAGGGAUCAAUGAUCUCUGAUGACUCAAUUGUUGAUAGUUGGAGACAAGAGCCGGAGGGUCUUUGAAUGGAGGAGAAUUGAGGUGGGUGAUGGCAUCAAUCAAAGAAGGUUAUCUUGGUCUCCUUCACUUGAAAAGGUCUCCUGAUUAUGUGGAUUCACCAAACAUACAGCUCAUAAGAUCCGGCACUACUCGCACAAAUCCACGAGCUAAUUCUUUGUUGUAAUCUUAUGUUGUAAGACAUCUAGCGAGGAACCAACAUUACAUUGUAGCAUUCAUUGUCCAUGAGAAGUCAGUUGUGAUUCAUUGGAUAUCCUAGUUUUGCUGGAGAUGUAUCACUUCGUAUGUAAGAGAUUAUGUCCACUGGUGCAUGUUUACCUGUGCAUGAAUGCACUAAUGCAUGCAAGUCUUAUCUGCGUACGAUGUAUGAUUUGUACUAUGAUCUGUAAUCCAGAAUCGAAGAAUUUGCACACGUAAAAAAAAAAAAAAAAA